UUUUCCGACAGUCCCCCGUUCUGUUUAGUCAGUGUUGCAGUCAGGUCCCACCCCCCGCGCUCUGAUUGGUCAGCGGCGCACACCCGUCCCCGCCCAUCUCCCCCUCCGCUGUGAGAGUAGCGAGUGUGUCCGCGGCCCGUGCCUGUUAGUCCGCGGCCGAGCGGUUUCUCCCCGCCAUGGAGCUGUCGUACCAGACCCUGAAAGCAGCCUACCAGGCCAAGGAGGCGGAGGAGAUGCGGACAGAAGCCCGUCGAAAAAAUCUUCUCAUUCUCAUUUUGCAUUAUUUAACAGAGGAAGGGUAUAUUGAUGCUGCAAAUGCUUUGGAACAAGAAACCAAAUUAGGUUUACGCGGCUUUGAAGUUUGUGACAACGUUGAUCUUGAGACUAUUUUGAUGGAAUAUGAAAGCUAUUACUAUGUCAAAUUCCAAAAAUACCCUAAAAUUACCAAAAAGAUCCAAGACACCGCAGAAAAUAAGCAACAGCUAAGAAAUGGAGGGAGACCACGAAGGACAGCAAGUAGCUCUUCUCAUAAUCUCCCUAGGAUCAACCAUCAUCAAACAGUGCAGCGGCCAUUAUCAAAAACUUCAUCUGGAAGGACAGCCGAGCCUAAACCAUCUAGCAAGAAUACCCCCAAACAGGAGCAUGACCACACACUUACUCUGGAGCAAUCUGAUUUUGGCUUAAACAUAUCUUCAAUAAACAGAAGUGGUGGAGGAGAAAGCGGUCAUCCAAGGAGGGGCCAAUUAAUUGACUUCCGUGGGAUGAUUCAAGACGCCAUCAAAGGAUCAUCAAAUGAAAUAGCCUUAAACAGCCUUAACUAUGAUCCAGAUCCUUCUGAGCGAUUAUUAAAACCUCUGAGUGCUUUCAUUGGCAUGACUGGUGAGAUGAGAGAACUUGCAACGGUCAUAAGCAGAGACAUUUAUCUCCAUAAUCCAAACAUAAAGUGGGAUGACAUUAUUGGACUUGAUGCAGCCAAGCAGUUAGUCAAGGAAGCAGUUGUGUAUCCUAUAAGGUAUCCACAGCUGUUUACAGGGAUUCUCUCCCCGUGGAAAGGAUUAUUACUGUAUGGACCUCCAGGUACUGGGAAGACUUUGCUAGCUAAGGCUGUUGCCACUGAAUGCAACACAACUUUCUUCAACAUUUCAGCCUCCACCAUCGUCAGCAAGUGGAGGGGCGAUUCAGAAAAACUUGUCCGGGUUUUAUUUGAACUUGCCCGGUACCAUGCUCCUUCCACGAUUUUCUUGGAUGAGCUGGAGUCAGUAAUGAGUCAGAGAGGAACCGCUCCUGGUGGCGAGCACGAAGGAAGCCGGCGGAUGAAAACUGAAUUACUGGUGCAGAUGGAUGGCUUGGCCCGAUCUGAUGAUCUUGUAUUUGUUUUAGCAGCUUCUAAUCUGCCAUGGGAGUUAGAUUAUGCCAUGUUGCGCCGGCUGGAGAAGAGGAUCCUGGUUGACCUCCCAAAUAAAGGAGCAAGGCAGGCUAUGAUUCAGCACUGGCUGCCCCCUGUGAGCAACAGCGGAGGAGUGGAGCUGAGAACAGAGCUGGACUAUGGCUUGCUGGGCCAGGAGACUGGAGGGUACUCGGGGUCGGACAUUAAACUGGUCUGCAAGGAAGCAGCUAUGCGGCCAGUGAGGAAAAUCUUCAGUGCCCUUGAGAAUCAUCAGCCCGGUAGUAGUACUUUACCCAUAAUCCGACUGGACACGGUCACGACAGCAGAUUUCCUGGAUGUGAUUGCUCACACUAAGCCAUCGGCAAAGAAUUUAAGUCAGAAGUACACGGCCUGGCAGAGGGAAUUUGAGUCAGUCUGAGCCAGCAUUGGGCUAAAAUCAGAGGCACCCAUGCUCCAAGAUGACAUCUCCUUGGGUUCGGCUGCAUUGGGAGGGACUAAACUCAGAAGGAAAAACUAUAUAAAAGAAAGAAAGAAAGAAAAUGCAGGAGACUCUGGGUGACAGAAUCUGCACUUUCAAAUCUAUAAGGUGUAUUUUAUUUAAUUUUUCUGGCAAACAAGUGGUAUUCUUCAUGACAGUACCACCCUACAGCUAAUGUGCUAUGAAGAUUUUAGCACAUAUUUUAUGCAUAAUGACUCGUCUUCUGCAAUCUAUAUUCAUUGCAGCUGAUUUUCUCUUCUUGAGGGAGAGGGACAGAGAAGUGAGCUAGCUGAGGAAGAACUAGAAGACCAAUAAAAUUUUGCUUCUCAGGGAUUUCUUGCACUCAAGCUAGUCUGGCUGUACUGCUAGGAACGCUGCAACUGACAGUGAGGCAGACAUGAUAUUUUCCCCCUGGGAUAAACCCUGGCAUCUUGUGUUUGCCUUGUGGCUGUUACCUGGAUGCCACUUUGAUCUGGGCUGUGAUUUGUUCAUCUGCCAAGGUGUUUUGUCCAUCUCAUCCAAUGUGCUUUGGUCAAAUGUUUUAUCCAAAUAAAGGUUUGGCUUUGUGGAAUGAUACUGCAA